ACAAGAAGACAGAAUGAAGCUUAAAGUAGAGAAAUUAUUAAGUUUGAUCAACACCAGAAUCACAAUUAUUUUACUAAUAGAAUCGUAAAAUUAACCUUUUCUACCAUGAAAGUUAUUCUUGCCUUAGCAAUAUGCCUAAUCGGUGUCUCCGAAGCUUUAUUAGGUGGAUGGAGAGACGUUGAUGUCGACAACCAGACAGUUCACCUUCUUUCCCAAAUGGCCAUUAACCAUCGAAACAGCGACGAAGACACUCUUUACUACCGAAAAUUGGUCAACGUUGAAUCAGCUCGAAUGCAAGUUGUAAGUGGCUUGAAAUACGAGGUUACUUUAGUCAUUGGGGAAACACAUUGCGCCAAAGAGGAUGAAGCAGCCAUGUUAUGCCAAGUAGAGCCAAAUAGUCUUCGAGAGAAGUGCGUUUACACUUUCUGGUUGGAGGCAAAGACCCAAAAUACAAACAUAGUUACCAGUUCAUGUAGUCAACUCUGAGUUACCUCAAAGAUUUCAAAUUGUUGGAGGAUAACAUGAAAAGUCUUAUCCAUAAAUAACUCUCAAAGGAUGCCAAUAUAAUCUGUAUCAAGACUAAACAUAAUGCUGACUUGGUUAAACUUGAAUAAAAUAUAAAUAAAACCUAAAAUAAAGUGUUAACACUUCAA